GCCGCGCGAGCCGGCGAGUAUCAGAAAUACCGCAGCUUUCGCGUAGAACGCACGCGAACGGUUAACGCGAUUGAGCGGUGUGGAUUCGUAAUUCAAAUUUGAAUUUUUAUACGAGUGUAUUUUUUCUUUAUUAUAAGAUUUUUGCUGCCAGGUCGUCGGACAAUCAACGAUGCAGAACUUUAUAAGAUGUGCAGCACUGCUACUCGCGGUAGCAGCGACAUGCGCCACGUCCGCAUCACAAGAUGACAACCUAACCUUAGAUAGAAAGGAGCCCACAACUCACGAACUACUCAGCUCGCUCGGUUUAAAGAAGCUCAGAAUACCAGCUGCUCAUCACAGAAAACGUCUCGCUGAGCAAGGACGGCGUCACGCGACCGGCGAUUCAAGAAUGUAUGUGAUAAAAUUACCGCCGAACACGAGUUAUUACACCCACGCGGAUCCCGCCCCGGCCGCGGCACGAACCUUGCCACUACAGAUGACAAGCAACGGGAAACCAGCAAGGGUCUACCACUGGAACCUGCCAGUAUUACACAAACUCGCCAAGAACCGGCCACAAGCUAGAUUUGACGACGAUGUGGUGAACGUCGAAAGUACGCCAACUUGGCCGAAAAUUAAUCAUCCUAACUCGAUAGAUGCGCUGGCUUACUACGUACCAUCGAAAAAGACAUCGUUCAGGAAAUAUUUCUCUGGUAACGGAAAACCCAAGUCAUUCUACGUGAUCGACAAGAACAAGAAUUCCGCGGAGUACCACAGAUUACUUCCCUAAUUCAGCUGUUAUUUCAUACUCUACCGUAAAUAGACUGAUGUUAUUGUAUUAAUUUUUUUAAGAAACACGUAAUAACUAAAGCUUCCAUUUCCAUUAAUUAUGUAUCAUAACGUAAAUUACAAUAACAUGUCUAUGUAAUAAAAAUUAAAAUAUGACGUAUUAUAAAUUUUCUAGCCAAUCAAACAUAUUAUUUUAAAACCAGGCAUCAACUAUCAUAAUAAAAAUCUAAAAAACCGCUUAUUUAUUUUAUCCUGGAUUCGUUUAAUGUUACAUUGUUUAAAUCGAUCAUGAAAAUAUAAAAAUAUUGCAUUUAAAUAAUAAAAAUACGCAACGCGAUACUUCCAAUUGUACAUCGAAAUCUACUGUUACUUAAAUCUUUCAUAGAUUUUGUUUUAGUCUGUGAAAGUAAGCGUAAUUUCUAAGCUGUCAUUAAUGUUUUAUCACACGAAAUUAUAUAUAAAUUUUCGUGUUGUUUUAAUAAAUGUUAUAUUAAAUUUAUGUUUGGAUGGCAAUAAAUCAAUUUAAAGCAGGACUCUAGAUUUUAAAUAACUUUAAUAUUAUAUGUUACACCGAUUACAUAUAUUUGGAGUACAUACUCCUGUAAAUAAACGCUUUAUGCUUAGGAUGUAAAAAUAAGUAAUCGAUAGGUGCUUAGGUAUGUUAUUAAGACUGCGUCACGAAUUUAAAUUAUUACGUAGAAUUAAGAAUACGAUGACACAAAUAGAUUUAUGUCUAAUCUUACUAUUCCAAAACAGAGUCACAUCAAGCUGAAUUUUAUUUAAUGUUAUAUAAAACAAAAAUACGUAGCAUAUUUUACAAGAUCUAAGUAUGCCAUUUUUUAUUGAUCAAUUUUGGUAAGAGUUAGAAAUAAAAUGUCUCUGUUUGGAAAGCUGAGGCUCUGAAAUGCAUUUACUAAA